UAUUUGUAGAUGAUAGAAAAGGGUACUGCAAUGGAUAAAGUACUAGAAUUUCUACUUAUGCUCUUUACAGAAGGUGUUUAUGUUUUUAACAUGUGUCUUUUCAAUGAAAAAAUCAAGUCUGAGAAUGAUGAGUUAUUUAUGCAGAUAUAUUCCAUACCUUGGUAUAAUUGUGACAAGAAAUUUGGUCAAAAUGUUCAUAUAAUGCUGAUGAACACAAUAAAACCAACACAAUUAAAUAAAAAUUUAUUUAAUGUCUCAGCCUCAUUUGAGACAUUGAUGCCUAUUAUUAGUGCAACAUUUUCCUACUUCAAUGUUCUAAGAAAAUUGAAAAAUUAACGUAAAAACCACAUUGAAAUAAAUAUAGUAAAAUAAAACUUCAAUUUAAAAGCAUUAUUUAUUUUAUAAUAUAAAUAAUAAAGGAAAUUAUCUAGAUGUUG